CAGGGACUAGCCUACCGAACUCUCCCCUGGGGACACAUAACUCUCGGCACGCACUUCUGUUUGUCUUUCCACCCUGUUUGCGUGUCUGUGCGCGCGCGUAUGAUUGUGUGCCAUCUCCAGGAGUGCUUCCUGAUGGAAGAUGGCGGUCUGGAUGUUAUGUGGAGUCCGUGUCCGUAGCUUCCCCUCCUUCUGCUCGCGCGAGCUGUUUAGCCAUCUAGUUCUAGCUGCCGCUGCCACCACCGGGCCCCGCUGCUGCUGCUGAGACAACAUGUUAAGCGUUCUUCUCUCGUGCUCCACUGCUGCGCGACGAGCACGGGCUUUGGGAUCGCGCUGCUGCUAGUCUUCACGAGCUGCGCGCCGGUGUGGAUUUGAUACUUCUUUUGACCUACGGCAGUCUGGUACUGGCUGCGUAACUUUGCUGCAACUUUAGCGGAGUCGGUGGCCAGUUCAGGCAGCCAGGCGGGGAGGGGAUUGGUUUAGUUAGCUUCGUCUGCUGCUAGUGACUGAGCUCUGCUGCCGUUGCGUUGCCGUUCCGUAGGCUACAGUGGUCCUGCUGCUAACCACGGCCACAGACAGCCGACCCACCAGCCAUCCUGGCCCUCUAGUCUCCUCUCGCCUCCAAAAGGGCUGGAAAUGUCGGAUACGAAGGUGAAAGUUGCCGUGCGGGUCCGGCCCAUGAACCGGAGAGAAAUUGAGUUGUGCACUAAGUGUAUCGUGGAGAUGGAGGACAACCAGACGGUUCUUCACCCGCCGCCCUCCAACACGAAAGGGGAACACAGAAAACAGCCAAAGGUGUUCGCCUUUGACCACUGCUUCUGGUCCAUGGAUGAGGCCAACACACACAAAUAUGCAGGUCAGGAGGUGGUGUUUGCGUGUCUGGGUCAGGGGAUCCUGGAUAACGCCUUCCAGGGAUACAACGCCUGCAUAUUCGCAUACGGACAGACAGGUUCUGGUAAGUCCUUCUCCAUGAUGGGCAGUGGUGAGCAGCCUGGCCUGAUCCCUCGCCUCUGUGGCGCCCUCUUCCAGAGAGUUGCGGUAUUGCAGAACAGCUCCAAUGCCUUCAAAUUGGAAGUCUCUUACAUGGAAAUCUACAAUGAGAAGGUCAGAGAUCUAUUGGACCCUAAAGGGAGUGGUGUGUCUCUAAAGGUCAGGGAGCACAAGGUUCUGGGGCCGUAUGUGGACGGACUCUCGCAACUCGCAGUAACCAGCUUUCAGGAUAUCGAGUGUUUAAUGUCGGAGGGUAACAAGUCUCGUACGGUCGCCGCCACCAACAUGAACGAGGAGAGCAGCCGAUCACACGCAGUCUUCAGAAUCCUCAUCACACACACACUCACCGACCUGCAGACACAGACGUCAGGUGAGAAGGUGAGUAAGGUGAGCCUGGUGGAUUUGGCGGGAAGCGAACGCGUCUCCAAGACGGGAGCAGCAGGGGACCGACUGAAGGAAGGAAGUAACAUCAACAAGUCUCUGACUACGCUGGGUCUGGUUAUAUCGGCUCUGGCUGACCAGUCGUCUGGAAAAGGCAAAAGCAAAUUCGUACCGUACAGAGACUCAGUACUCACCUGGCUACUCAAGGAUUCUCUGGGUGGUAACAGUAAGACGGCCAUGAUAGCGACGGUGAGUCCUGCGGCUGAUAAUUAUGAGGAGACGUUAUCGACGCUACGCUACGCGGACCGCGCUAAACGCAUCGUAAACCACGCGGUGGUCAACGAGGAUCCCAACGCACGAAUCAUACGGGAGCUACGAGACGAAGUGGACAAGCUGCGGGAACAGCUCACACAGGCAGAGUCCCUGAAGGCUCCGGAGCUUAAGGAACGUCUUGAGGAGUCUGAAAAACUGAUUCAGGAGAUGACGGUCACCUGGGAGGAAAAACUGAGGAAGACAGAGGAGAUCGCACAGGAGCGUCAGCAUCAGUUGGAGUCCAUGGGCAUCUCUCUGGAGUCUUCGGGUAUCAAAGUGGGAGACGACAAGAGCUUCCUGGUGAACCUCAACGCAGACCCUGCACUCAACGAGCUACUGGUGUAUUACCUAAAGGAUCAUACGCGUGUAGGGGCCGACACGACUCAGGACAUUCAGCUGUUUGGAAUCGGAAUCCAGUCGGAACACUGUUGCCUAGAUACCAACCAUGACGGACAGGUCACACUCACACCUUGCAGCAACGCCAGGACGUGUGUUAACGGGAUGCUGGUGGACACUCCAGUUCUGCUUUGGCACGGAGACCGAAUACUCUGGGGGAACAACCACUUCUUCAGGAUCAGCCUGGCCAAUCGUAAGCGUCGUGAACGAGAGGCGGAUCGCGAUCGUGACGUGCUAACGUUGGCGGAUGUUGACGUGGAAACGGCUAGUGAAGCCUCGUCAGAACAGGACUACAAUUACGAAUACGCGCAGAUGGAAGUCAUUAUGAAGACACUGAAUGACCCUACCCAUACGGUGGUGAGCGCUCUAGAGCAGCAAUACGUUCGAGAGAAGAGGGCGGCGUUGGAGGAGCAGCGCGUCAUGUACGAGAGAGAACUCCAGUCGCUACGGCAACAGCUGUCCCCCGAACGCAACACGCACACUCACACACACACACCCACACACACACCCACACACCGCCUCUCCACGCCCACACACACAGGACACACGCUCACACACUCACACCACGCCAGGGUGCGUCUGUGGACCGAAGAGAGGCAUGGUGUGGAAGCUGUGCACAUGCUUGUCUCGCUAGCCAACGUAGCCCAACGAGUUAACACCGGGCAGCAAGCACGUGAAUCAUGGCUCUCAUUUUCUCGGAAUGAAAAACGUAGGCUCCUCGAGACGUAUGAAAAAUUACCAAAAAAAACGAGCCAACAAGAUGUUUCGGCGAAGCUUGGCAUUCCUCAGGCUACCUUGUGUUUAAACUGCUCCAGCUUUACAGGCAGCUGCGUCUCCCCCCAGUCCCUCCCACUCCCCCUCGCCCUUCUCAUCUCUCCUACGCCAGUGUGUGUGUGUGUGUGUGUGUGUGUGUGUGUGUGUGUGUGUGUGUGUGUGUGUGUGUGUGUGUGUGUGUAUGUGUGUGUGUGUGUGUGUGUGCGCGUGCGUGUUUCAGGUUGUGCACUGGAGAGUCCUGGUUGGCUGGCGAGUCCCUUUAAGGGUCUCCCUGUCCAAUCACAUCGCCUGCUGCAGGCCCUACUUCCUGUCCGAGAGGAGAGGGGGCGGGGCAAAGAGGCCAGACCACUACUGGACCAGGAGAGCAUGCGCUGGGCUGUUGAGGCCUCACCGCUGCCCCCUGCCUGCCAGUGGCCAAAUAACAACAGAAGCACUCACACACGGGCUGACUCUGAAGAGGAGGAGUGUGAGGUGCUAGUUGGCUCCGCCCAGGAGGAGGGUCGUGUUGCAGCGUUCCAGCCGUAUGUUGCUAACGACGACGACUUUGCUAACUUCGAGCUGUACAACGCGGCGCUGGAGAGCGGAGUGUGUGACAGUGGGGUGUGCGAGAGUGAGGAGGACGCUGGUGUGUACGAGGGUGUGUGUGUGCGCGGCGAGCGUGGCCGCGCGGGACUCAGCAGUGUGUGUGUGAGUGUGUGUGAGCGCGAUGUGUGUGUGUCGCGGAGUCCCACCGCCAGCAGCUGCACGAGCGGCUACUUCUCACACAGCACCUCCAGCGCAACGCUCUCCGACGCCAACCAAUCGGAAACGACCGUCUCGGAUCCCAACCAACCAGACACCUCCGACAACAACCAAUCAGAAACAAUGACCAUCUCAGAUGCCAGCCAACCACAACACAGCCUUUAUGACACGGUCCAAUCAGAAGCCACCAUGGGGGAUAUCAACCAAUCACGCACAAGCACAGCGGACAUAAUCCAAUCAGGCUUCACGAUGGGAGAUAUCAGCGAAUCAGAUGACGCCACACUGGGCCACAUUGGCCUAUCAGAGCAGAGCAGGCUGACAGAUGCCCCGCCCCCCAGCGGCUCCAAAACUACUGAAGCCACACCCACAGCCAGUUGUCUUAGCCCCUCCUCCUCCACAUCCUCUCAGCCAAUAGCUUGUCCCUCUGCCCCAUCGUCUCAGCCUAUCACAGCAGAGCUCAGCACCAGCCCCGAGUUCUCCGAGUUCCAGAGCUUUGGCCUUCUAACCAAUGGGACUGGAGGAAGCCUCGCCACAUAUCAGUCUGAGCUCUCUGAUUGGACGAGCCCAGUGGAGCAGCUCUCUUCUGAUUGGCUGAGCCCAGUGGAGCAGCUUCCUGAUUGGAUGGCUCCUGGGGAGCUGGUGUGGGUGGGCGGGCACUGUGGAACCGUGCACUACGUCGGGGGGGUGGAGUUCGCACCCGGGAUCUGGGUAGGAGUCGAGCUGGAGCUCAGAGUGGGUAAGCAUAACGGUGCCCUUGGGGGGCGUGUCUAUUUCCGCUGUGAGGAGGGGCAUGGAGUCUUCGUGGAGCCCAAACAUGUCAGAAGACACCCCCUGUAGCACACACACACACACACACACACACACACACACACACACACACACACACACACACACACACACACACACACACACACACACUAUUAUACUCACACACUAUACACCCACAUACACACUUUAUUAUACACACACUCACACUCCAUUACCCACAGACACUAUACACACACACACACACACACACACACACACACACACACACACACACAACCCACUACUAUACACACACAUACAUCAUAUACACCUCUACCAAGAUGGUCACACACACACACACACACACACACACACACACACACACAUACAUCAUUGACCCCCCACCCCACCCUGUGUGUGUGUUCAAAAUGCGUCAUCUUAAAACGCUUCAAGCGUUCGCCUCUGCUGAAUCAUCACCUGGCGUCAGCACUGUCCAGCUGACAUCAUCACCCCGCGUCAGGACUGCCAUGAUGACAUCAUCACCCCGCGUCAGGACUGCCAUGAUGACAUCAUCACCCCCCGUCAGGACUGUCCUGCUGACAUCAUCACCCCGCGUCAGGACUGCCAUGAUGACAUCAUCAUCCUGCUUCAGGACUGCCAUGAUGACAUCAUCACCCCGCGUCAGGACUACCAUGACACCUAUGGAGGUUGUGUCACAGUCACUUCAUUAGCACGCGCCGACGCGUCAUCACAUACUGACAUCAUCAGAGCGCGUCUUGGCUGGUGGGCGCAUCAUUAUGAGGUCAUCAAUAUGCGUCAGGAAGCACCAAAGACUCUGACAUGCCAGUCAUGUGACCUGAUAUCAGCCAAUCAUGUGGUGCCGAGAAAUACUGAAGAGAGAGGGAAACAGGUGUGUGUGUGUGUGUGUGUGUGUGUGUGUGUGUGUGUGUGUGUGUGUGUGUGUGUGUGUGUGUAUGUAUGUAUGUGUGUUGCUCUGUGCCAUAUCACUGUGUAUAGAAAACAAAAAGCCCUUAAAAUGUUCUGCAAUUAUAAAGCUGCUUGUCUGCAUUUUGUGUGUGUGUGUGUGUGUGUGUGUGUGCGCGUCUCAGUGCGUGUUCUCGUGUGUUUGUUCAGUGUGUUCAGUGUAUCUGGGACCUCAAGCUAUACAAUAACGGCUCUAUGAUGAUCGUACAUUACACUACACUACACUACACUACACUACACUACCCAGUAUGCACCACUACACUACAUUACAAUAGGCUCAUUCGACUUUACGCAACAUCAACAUGCGCAGAAAGUUGCCAUUGCAUUCUGUACUGGAAUUGUUGCAUCUCAGUAAAACUAUUAUAAAUGCCGAAAAUAAAGACCGCCAAGGACAGAGUGGGGUAACGAACGUCUCGGGUCUCGCCGACCGUCAGUGUAGUGGGGAAACAAACGUCUCGGGUCUCGCCCAUCGCCAAGGACAGAGUGGGGUAACGAACGUCUCGGGUCUCGCCCAUCGCCAAGGACAGAGUGGGGUAACAAACGUCUCGGGUCUCGCCCAUCGCCAAGGACAGAGUGGGGUAACGAACGUCUCGGGUCUCGCCCAUCGCCAAGGACAGAGUGGGGUAACAAACGUCUCGGGUCUAGCCCAUCGCCAAGGACAGAGUGGGGUAACAAACGUCUCGGGUCUCGCCCAUCGCCAAGGACAGAGUGGGGUAACAAACGUCUCGGGUCUAGCCCAUCGCCAAGGACAGAGUGGGGUAACGAACGUCUCGGGUCUCGCCCAUCGCCAAGGACAGAGUGGGGUAACAAACGUCUCGGGUCUAGCCCAUCGCCAAGGACAGAGUGGGGUAACAAACGUCUCGGGUCUCGCCCAUCGUCAGUGUAGUGGGGUAACGAACGUCUCGGGUCUCGCCCAUCGUCAGUGUAGUGGGGUAACGAACGUCUCGGGUCUAGCCCAUCGUCAGUGUUCCCAAUUUGGGUCGCAGCACAAUCGACUCCACGAUGUUCCACACUAGAGAUAACACAUGAGGUCCCAGUACAUCACACUGGAGAGAGAGAGAGCUGUGUGUCUUUAGAGCUGUGUGUGUGUGUGUGUGUGUGUGUGUGUGUGUGUGUGUGUGUGUGUGUGUGUGUGUGUGUGUGUGUGUGCGCGUGUGCGUGUGCGUGUGUGUGUGUUGUAGAGCUUAGUUGAAGCACAGAGCAGUUGCUCACACCUCUUAACCAGCUCUUGUUGCUAUGGACUCUCCUCUGUUGCCAAGGAGAUCCUCUUGUUGCUAUGGACUCUCCUCUGUUGCCAAGGAGAUCCUCUUGUUGCUAUGGACUCGCCUCUGUUGCCAAGGAGAUCCUCUUGUUGCUAUGAGCAUCCUACAGUUGCUAAGGUCUCCAUUUGGCUGCCAUGGAUAUCUUCAGGACUCUGCCUGGUUUCCAUGGAGACCUUGAUGUGCCUGUUUGACCUGCAGGUGUGUGUGUGUGUGUGUGUGUGUGUGUGUGUGUGUGUGUGUGUGUGUGUGUGUGUGUGUGUGUGUGUGUGUGUGUGUGUGUGUGUGUGUGUGUGUGUGUGCGUUGCCUUACUGACUAACAUGUUUGCACAGUAUCCAUAACGCUGCCUAUAAUGCUUGUAAUAUGUGUUUACUUCACGUGUUUCCAU